GCUCGUGAAAAACAAGGGCUUAAAUAGAUAUCGGGACCGCCGUCCUUGCCGUUUCCAUUGACGCUGAAAACGGAGGACCAGAUCUAUCUCCCCGAUCCCGCACUUCCCUUAUCCAUCGAUCAGCUUCUCCGGAGCUCCUUUGAUCUUAGCUUCUUCGAUUUGUUUGGAAAUCAUGAAUGUGGAGAUAUUGGGGACUGAUGCCACAGUAGGACCUGUGAAGGAUGGAGUUAAUGGAGAGAACAUCCAUCACCCUGAGUUUGAUGAUAAAGAGAAAACUAAUCUUGGACAAAUAGCAGAAGAGCCCAUUCAAUUUGGUUCACAAGGAGCAAGUGGAGGGAAGAAGGAUGGGCAACCCAUGACAAAUGGUACUUUUCUGCUGAAUGCCACUGAGGAAUGGCCUGCACAAGAGCAAAUUCAUACCUUCUAUUUUGUGAAGGUGAGAUCAUAUGAAGACCCAAAAUUGAAGGCAAAAAUUGAUGAGGCUGAAAAAGAGGUUCAGAAGAGAAAUAAAGCACGAUUUCAAAUAACUGAGGCGUUGAAGGCAAAAAGGAGUGAGCGAGCACAAGUGAUUUCACAAUUAAAACCCUUGACAACUGAGGACAAACGCUAUAGAUCGAUUAUGGAUGAGAAGAGAAAGGAAAUGGAACCCCUUCAAGAUGCUUUAGGCAAGCUCCGUGGUUCAAAUAAUGUUACCAGGGAAAAGGGCGUGAGCUUGUGCUCCUCAGAGGAAGAACUGAAUUUUCUUAUUCAGAGCUUGCACUAUCGUAUACAACAUGAGAGCAACACCUUAAGUGAGGAGAAACAACUCCUUAAGGAAAUUAAACAACUUGAAAGCACAAGAGAAAAGGUUAUUGCUAAUGAUGUUGUGAAGGCUAAGAUCCAAGAUUCACUGGGCCAGAAAGAAACUAUCCAAGACCAAGUGAAACUGAUAGGAGUUGGCAUUGGUGGAGUAAAAAAGGAGAAGCAAGCUGUUAGGACGAAGAUAAAGCAGCUUGAGGAAGAAUUGAAGGCAAUAGAUGCUGCGAUUGCUUCUCUGCAGGAUCAAUUGGAACCUUUGACAGAAAAGAGGGAUAAGGCAUUUGAGAACUUAAGCGAGCUGAAAAAAUCACGUCAAGAAUUGAAUACUUGUUCACGUGAGAACCGUUCAGUUCUGAACACUGCCAAGGACCUUGCCUCAAGGAAGGAUGUUCAUGCAUUGGAAGAGCUUUGUCAUAACGAGGUAGAGAAAUUCAUGUCACAGUGGAGCAGCAAUAAGGCCUUCAGAGAUGAUUAUGAGAGGAGAAUAUUGUCAUCACUUGACAGUCGGCAAUUUACCAGGGAUGGCCGUCAACGAAACCCUGAUGAAAAACCAAUUAUUGUGGAGGCACCACUCCCGCCACCUCCGACUGUUGCGCAAGAGGCAUCAAUAAAAGUUAGUCGAGAAAAUGAAAAUGCUGACUUGGGUAGUGGUACAAUCUCUUCCCGGAAGGUAAGGAAUGAAGAUAGGCGCAAAUCAACUGAAGAAUCUAAACAACCGGCAAGUGUUUCACAAGAAGAGGAAUAUUCAUUGGGUAUUGAAAAAUCCCAGGAGAAACCUGUUGAAAUAGAUGCUACUAAGUUAAAAGAAAUGAAGAGGGAGGAGGAGAUUGCCAAAGCCAAUAUGGCUCGUGAGAGGAAGAAAAAGCAGUCUGAGAAAGCAACAGCAAGGGCAAUGCUCAAAGCUCAAAAGGAAGAAGAGAAGAAACUCAAGGAAAAGGAAAAGAAAGCUAAGAAGAAGGCUGGUCCAGCAUCUGAACCUUCAGCUGAGGAGACUGAACCUGAGACAAAGACUGAGGAGCCAGAAGAAGCUGUUGUAAAUUUGGACAUUCCAGUUCCAACAAAGAGCAAAGAGCUCAAGGAUAGAACUAGGUACAGAAAUAAACCAAAAAUUCACGAUCAACUCCCGAGAAAGAUCCUUAAGAAGAAAAAAUCAAAUUCGUACUUGUUAUGGGCUGUGCCGAGUGCUAUACUAGCUCUGGUGAUCGCUGUGCUCGUGUAUUAUUAUCAGAAUAUCUAGGUUGUCUCAAGAACUAAGUUGGAGCUGGAAGUAUUUGACCAGUUUUGGUGAUGAGUAUAAUGGUCAGCUGUGAGUUGAGAUCCUUGAAAUUUUCUAUAUAUGUGUUGCUAGCCCAUAAUCAUAUGCACUGUAAUUUACAGCUAGCUCUUAACCUAGUUACCUGGCUCAAUAACAAGGUUCCAUAUUUAGGACCUCAUGUUUUACCGAAUUUAAUGUUGUAAUGAACAUUUUGUUUGAGGUUUUGUUUGUGAUGAGAUGUUUAAUACUCCCUUUGAUUUUA